AGAGAUGUUAAACGCUUGACACUCGAUUUGUAGUGCUCUUGCCUCCUGUGCAAUUUGUUAUGCUGACGAACACCGAUGUACUCAUCAAAUUCGUGCCAUCUUGGCACCCAGAGCUUCCUCAUUGCCAAUGUGUAAAGAAAAGCAAAACUGCUGACGAGUGUAACUUUCAGCGCAAGGAACUUGAUAAAGCUAACAGGCGCAACAGUGAGAUACCAAUGCAAGACCUCGUGAAUUUUGUACUUCUGGUGCUCGCACUCACAGUCAUGGUGCAGAAUGUGUCUGCUGGUAAAGUGCUUAACAGCCACUGUGUUGGUCUAGAAUAUCUCAAGUGCUUCAAAUCAGUGUCUUGCUCUAUUUUGCCUUGGACCACGCGAUCGAGUGCGCGGACCAUUAUGCAGGUGCAUCAAUAACGGCGCCGCACAUAUAUGCGCCAUAAAAAGGAGGUGGUGGUGGCGAACGUAAUUGGAGCCGACACCCUCUGAUGGGAUAGCCAUUCA